AUGGCAUAUGGCAUCAUGAUGGAAGUCUGUGGAAGAGGCAUAGAUUCCCUGGUGGGACAGAAAGCAGAAAGCCAGAACAUGAGAAGAGAUAAUUAUGGACUGACCACCUCUGUUGAUAACCUGAUCAAUGUCUCUACUUCAAUAAGAAACAGCACUUACAAUUCAACCUCUGCUUCAAAAUUAAUCCUUGCUCUUCCUUUAUUCCUGUCAUUUAUAAUCGGUACCACCACCAAUAACAUCUAUCUGUGAGUCCUAAAAUUCAAGAUGAAAAAGGCCAUCAAUACUUUUAUUUUUUUUCAUUUUAUUCUUUCAUAUUUUAUUUCAACAUUUAUCCUACAAUGUAUGGCCACAUCUUAUCUCCAGAAAACUCACUAGAGCUUUGGAACUAUUUUGUGCAAGGUCUUCAAUGGUACUUUGUGGAGAUUUUUGCCUCUGUUUUCUUCCUCAGCCAUCAGUCUUGAUCCAUAUCUUCUCACUGCUCAUCCAGUACAAUCCAAGCAGCAAAGAACCCUACACUUGGAUUCCAGCAUUGUCUUAGGCAUCUAGAUUUCUUGCACUGUACUCAGCACACCCUAUUUGGCUUUCCAGGAGACACAUCAUGACUAUAAAAACGGGUGACCUGCGAAUAACUCUGCUGUGUCUACUCACUAGGACAGCAAGACGCAAACAUGAAGGCAAUAGAUUCACGUAGCCUAUUUCAUCAGCUGUUUCCUGCUUGACUUCCUUCUGCCUUUUCUUAUCAUCAUCUUCUGUUACAAAAGAGUAGCCAGUAAGAGGAAGGAGAAGGGCCUCAAACCCUUCCAAGUCAUGAUGAUUGUCAUUAUCUCUUUCUUUGUGUUCUGGAUGACUUACUAUGUAUACCAGGGCUUAAUUCUCAGGAGGAACCAGUUGCUACUUUUACAGUUGACUAUAAUACUUAACAUGUUGACUGUUUCUUUCAAUACUGUCUUUUCUUCUACACUCUAUAUUGGAUAGAAUCUCAAAAAGGGUUUUGAAAAGUCCAUUCUUGCUCUGCUUGAGUCAACAUUCAGUGACGACUCUCCUGCAGAAAGGACACAGAACCUAAAUUCAGAAGCUGAAAUUUAA